GAUCUAUGAUACUACUUAUUUCUGUUCUGACGCGCACCAAAAGUAACAGUAACGAUGGCUUCCGUGGACAGUGUCGCAGAUUCUCCUGUUUUAGACGGCGAUGUUGUGCUUUUUAACUGCUUGGAUGCUUCAAGUUUUUUGUAUAGCAAGCCUCUAAGUUCAAAUCAUUCUGAUCAAUUGACUAUUGAAUCAUCAAAUAAAAAGUUUUUUAUGUUUGAACUUGCUGCAUUUUGUAUUACUCGAGGCAAGCAAACAAGUUUUCAAAAAGCUAAAAGUAAGGAAAGUGAAGAUUCAUCUCAAUUAAUGGAAAUUGUUUAUGGUAGUACUGUUAAAUUACAACACCAAAUAUCUGGCAAGUAUUUGACUGUUAGAUCUAAUAAUGAGCAGCAAACACUUCACCUGGAGCAAGAGGAUAAAAGUGGACCUGAUAAGGAAAAUUUGUUCAAAAUAGUACCUUCACAUCAAAAAAAAGAAUUGGGUAAUUCGCUCCUGGUUCAAGAUAACGUAAAGUUAGAAAGUAUUUCUUGCAGUGGAAAGAAAAUCAAAUUUCAAUACAAUCCAAAAGAAAAUGGUUAUUGUCCGAGCUUGGAACCAGAUGGUACUAUGUUUUCUAUUACAAUUUAUUGUCAUAAACAUGCAUUAUUAAGCCCCAACUGUAUAAAGAGUGGGAGUAUAGUGAUGUUAGCUAGUGUAAAUUUUGAUGGAUAUAUUUCUGCAAGAGGGUCAUUUGUCUCAGGUCCAAUAAUUAAGGAGCAGAGUCAACCUAAAGUUUGUUUAUGUAAGUGGGAAAAAAGAUACUUUAAUAUUGAACCAUAUUCUGGUGAAACAUUCUUUCAGCUUGAAAAUAUAGACUUGGAAACAAACAAAGGAACCUAUCUUUUAUUUGGCAAUAAAUACAGAAUCAAGCACAUUGUGACACAGCAGUACAUCACUGUUACAGAAAAUGAAGAAGUGGAACUUAGUUCUAAGCCUAAAAAUGACUGGAACCAGUUUGAGCUGCAUCCAUCAUUAGAAGGUGACAACCAAGAAAUAAUAGAAUCAGGUGCUCAUGUUACAUUUAGACAUGUUGCUACAAAAAAAUGUCUGUCUUUUAAUGUGACAUUAAAUGAAAAUGGUCUUGUUCGAUGGUCUGAUCUUGUUCUUGAAAAUGGGAAAGCUAAUUUUGAAGUGUUGCAGGUUGACAAAUUUUUUGUGCAAGAUGUCUAUCAGGUUGUUAGCAUGAGCUUAGUUAUGUUGGAAAUUCAUACUAAGUUUAAUGAGGAAAUAUUGAUCAAUACUUUAAAAGAUUUAAAAACAUCCUUUACUUUAAAUAAAAAUUUAUCCAAGACUUCAGUUGAUCAUAAGACAAGGCUAGCAAGCAUGUUAAGAUCAUUUGGGAUGAUUGAUGCCAUGGUUACUCUUAUCAAAAAACAUCAUAAAGAUUCAUGCAAUAAAGUUUGCGAAUUAAUCUGUUCAUCACUACAAAUGUAUGUUGAGAAUGGAAGUUUUAGGGCCAUAACUUAUCUUGUUGAAAAAGAUGACCUUCUGAAAAUUCUGGUGAAUAAAUGUUCUAAUUCUGUCAAAGUUCUCAUUACUCUGUUUAACAAGUACCGAGGUCAUAUUAAUCAGAGAAGGUAUUUUCCAUUGUUUGAUAAAUUAAAUGAAAAGUAUCUUGCUGAUCCUGCAAUAGUUGAAUUAAUGUGCAUUUUGACAUUUAAUGGAAAAUGGAUCAAAUGGGAGAUAUAUGAAAAGAUCAAGGAAAAUUUAAUUGGCAUGGUAUCAACAGAUGAAGUUAAAGGUCUUAUUGAGAAUUUAAGAGAAUAUGAAGCAAACAUUUCAACAGAUAGAUUAUGCAGUACAUUUGUACAGGUCAAUCAAGGCCAUUCAGGUUUUGAGAAUGAAGCACAAAAUGAUACAAACCAUGCCGUACAAGCUAUAGAAAUAGAAUUUAAAGAAAAACCUUUGAUUCAUGUGCUGCUUAUGAAUAUUCUAGUUUUUCUUAUUGAUUACAGAGUUUUCAGUAAAGAAGUGAAUAUCAUGCAAUUUUUAACUGCCAAUGAAACCAGCAAAGUGAAUGAAGCCAACAUACAAACUAGUGAUUUUCAAUCAAGUGUCACCAUAAUAAAGAAGAAAUUGGCAUUGCUAUCUCUGAAGUUGCUUUUAAAAAGGAGUUUUAACUCAUCAAUCAAAGCUUUGAUAGAAGACUUCAAAAAGUUUGGUAUUGGGGAACAUAAGAGUUCUACUCAUUAUAGUGAUAAUAGUGUAUUGAUAAGCAUGGAAGAAGAAGGUGAUUUUAUGAGAUGUUUGCUACAAGAAAAUAAUAUGGAAGAAAUAGCAAAAAACUCCAAGCAAAUAAAAGCAAGAUUACGAGAAUAUUUCACUUCUAAUCAAACUUGUCAAAGUUUCAAUGUCAAAGCAAAUAAAGAAUUAUGUGACAUUUUAACUGGUUUCAUGACAGAUGAUGAUGCUGAUAUUCGAUUGAUGAGUACUGAGCUUCUUUACAAUAUAUUCAGAGUUGAAGAAAUUAUUUUAUCUGAGGCUGAAGAAAAAAUUUACUUUACCUGCUCAACUGAUGAAGCUUAUGAAGAAAUGAAGCAAUUGGCUACAAUGUCUGACAAAAAGCAGCUCCUUUGUAGAAUGCUAAGGAGAGAAAUUACUGGAGAGGAUGUGCAGCAAAAAUAUGGAGCACUGUUUCCAUCUAUAAUAGCUGCACUUGAAAGAAUGACUAUGGCAUUUGCCCCAGUUAAAGGUAUCAAGCCAAAUUCCAUCAGUCAACAUGUAGCAUAUAGUUGUGGUCUCUUUGAUGUUAUAUUGGAAUGUGUACUUGAGUACAAAGAUUGCAGUGAUCUUGAAAAUUCUGAAAAUGAUAUUCUUGAACGUUGUUUCACUCUUCUGCAAAAAAUGUCCAGAAAUUAUAGCAAAGUCAGCAAUAAAACCACAGAUAUAAAUUCAAUGUAUUAUAUUUAGGCU